UUACUCUUAAGCUCAGUAUUCAUUUACUGACUUCAUACUUCAAGGAAUAUAGAAGUUGCUAUUAACACAACAGUUGACUGCUAGUCCUGUUUAGUUUUAUUUUGUGAAAAUGUCGAACUUUCAACUUCUUACUGUCCUUCCUAAACCUUCUUAUGAACAUGUCUUUAACAAGGAACGCAAUGAAUUCGUGACUACAACCGCUACCAACCAAGUCGAAGUUUAUAAACAACAUGGCGCCGAUUGGAUUCUGAAUAAAAGGUUCAGCGAUCAUGAUAAGAUUGUUACAUGCGUUGACUGGUCUCCGGUAACUAACCGUAUUGUGACAUGCUCACAAGAUCGCAAUGCGUAUGUGUAUGAAAAACGACCGGAUGGAAGCUGGAAGCAGACUUUAGUUCUUCUUCGAUUGACACGUGCUGCUACAUUCGUCCGCUGGUCACCCAAGGGUGACAAAUUUGCCGUAGGCAGCGGUGCCCGUGUUGUUUCUGUGUGCUACUUUGAAGAAGAAAAUGACUGGUGGGUCAGUAAGCAUUUAAAACGCCCAUUAAGAAGUACCAUUUUGUCUUUGGAUUGGCAUCCUAACAAUGUCUUGCUUGCUGCCGGUUGUGCCGAUCGAAAGACAUAUGUUUUGUCUGCAUACAUUCGUGAUGUGGACGAAAAGCCUGAGGCUAGUGUUUGGGGAUCUCGCCUUCCCUUUAACACCGUCUGUGCCGAAUAUCCUUCGAAUGGGUGGAUCCAUUCUGUUCAAUUUUCCCCAUCAGGAAAUGCUUUAGCGUACACCAGUCACGAUUCUUCCCUUAGUAUCGUAUAUCCAAGUGCUCCUGAGCAACCUCCUCGUGCUUUUGCUACUCUCAAAAUACCUCAGCUUCCCCUUCAUUCUCUUUUGUGGGUGAAUGAAACCACCAUUGUCGCUGCCGGAUACAAUUACGCGCCUUUGCUAUUCCAAGGAAACGAAUCUGGUUGGUCUUUUAUUGGUGACUUGGAUCCUGGUGCUUCCAAGACUACGGCUACUCAAACUGGAAAGGCUUCUGAAAAAGAUGAAGAAGAAUCUGGUCCCGUUUCUUUCUCUGCUUUGCGUUCUACCUUCCGUAAUAUGGACUUGAAGGGUUCUAGCGAAUCCGUCUCUUCUUUGCCUACUGUACACCAAAACAUGAUUUCUUCUCUUCGUCCCUUUGUCGGUGUACCAGGAAGCAUGAAGUCCUUCACUUCUAGCGGCACAGAUGGUUGCAUUGUUUUGUGGAACCUCUAAUUCUUUCAGUUAUGAUUCAUGAUCUUUUUGCGACUCACGUUCUUUUUGCAAUAUCAUACUGAUGUUCAUGUACUUACUAUUUUCGAAAUUUAAGUCGAUACUACAAUCUUAUGAAUAAAGCUUCUCAGUUACUUUGAAAUUGUAUAUACGUUUGUUUAGCUAUCUUUCUCAUCGUAUUAUUUCUUAAUUUUCGAAGCAAUGUUUUUGAACAAUUUAUUUUUCG